UCAUAGAAUUAAUUAUGGAUAAAACUAUCCAGUUUAUCAGUUCUGCCUUACUGAAGGCUGAAUCUCCAGAUGCAAGAAAAUCCUUGAUCGAAAAGCAACUGCAGCGAUUAGUUGAAAAGGACAGUAAAACUGCCUCUGCAAGUGUUGAAUUUCCACCAGGUCUGGAAUGGUUUAAUUCUUCAGGACCUUUAUCUUUCAAGUCAAACCUUCAAGGAAAGGUGGUCGUACUGGACUUCUUCACAUACUGCUGUAUCAACUGCAUGCACAUCCUGCCAGACUUAGAGGCACUUGAGGAAAAGUACUCUGUAGAAGAUGGAGUUGUUGUUGUCGGAGUCCACUCGGCCAAGUUUGAGAACGAGAAAGUAUCUUCAAACAUCAAGAAUGCCAUCCUCCGUUACAACAUCCACCACCCUGUGGUGAAUGACCAUGAUGCUGUGAUGUGGAAUGAGCUGGAUAUCCAGUGUUGGCCAACCCUACUCAUCGUAGGUCCAGGAGGUGAGCCCAUCCUGACCAUCAUUGGCGAAGGACACAGGGAUAUUCUCUUUGAAGUUGUCCAACUCUGUCUUGACCACUUUAGAUCAAGGAGUGCCUUGAGCGCACAUAGCCUUCCUUCCGUCGACCUCAAGGAAUCUUUGGCCGACUCUCCACUGCUCUAUCCUGGCAAGAUUACCACCAAUCCCGAAGGCACGCUGCUAGCCAUAUCUGACACGGGACAUAACAGGGUGGUCAUCGUGGCUCUUGAUGGAGUCGUACAAUGUUGCAUUGGAGGUACAGAAUCAGGCUUUAAUGAUGGCCUUUACCAGGAAGCAAGGUUCCAUUCUCCUCAGGGUCUAUGCUGGGCCAAAGAUGUCAUCUAUGUUGCUGAUACAGAAAACCAUGCCAUCAGAAAAAUUGACUUGAAGCAGGAGUGCGUCACCACCAUAGCAGGCACGGGGGAGCAGGGAGGAGAUCACUACGGGGGUGGGCGUGGCACGGAGCAGGUCAUCAGUUCCCCCUGGGAUGUCGUGUUAGGACCCCCUAAUGAAGACGUUUUGUUCAUUGCUAUGGCUGGUACCCAUCAGAUAUGGGGCCUGUUUCUCUCUGAUGGAACGUGGCUGAAAGGAGUGAGUCAUGAAGCAGGAAUCUGUAUGAGCUAUGCCGGGAGCGGCAAGGAAGAAAAUCGCAACAACUCCUACCCCCGCAAAGCUGGCUUUGCGCAGCCCUCUGGUCUGGCCCUCGCCCCCUUGGAGCCAUACAACUGCAUGUUUGUAGCGGACAGCGAAAGCAGCUCAAUCAGAAGGAUAGCCUUCAAAGACGGAGCUGUGAAGAAUGUUGUUGGAGGGGAAUUGGACCCGAUGAACCUGUUUGCGUUUGGAGAUGAAGACGGUAAAGGCAUUGAGGCGAAGCUACAGCAUCCUUUGGGCGUGGCCUGGAACCACAGUAAAUCCCUCUUCAUAGCAGACUCAUAUAAUCACAAGAUCAAACUCAUUCACGAUGUGUCAAGUCGGUACUGUUCAUCGUACGCUGGUACAGGAGAACCUGGUCUGGGAGAAGAAACGGAUGCCUCUAAAGCACAGUUCAAUGAGCCGGGAGGCUUGGUGGUGUCUCCUCAAGGGUAUCUCUAUAUAGCUGACACCAACAACCAUGCCAUCAGGUGUAUUGAUAUCGCAACGUCUACGAUCACUACGUUGAAGGUGGUACUUCCAUCCAUCACAUCAGUUGACAGCAAGCCAAGUGCUUCAACGGUCGUCAAGAGUAAACUUCCAAAGAAUGUAACCCCUAGAGCAGUAGAUGGUGUUUCUGUAGGGUUGGAAGGCUCGGUCAGCCUGUCGCUUAAUGUCAGUCUUCCAUCGGGAAGCUACCUCACUGAAGGAGCACCAAGUGCCUGGCAGAUCUUCAUUCCAGGCUCAGAAAAUCAGCUGGUGAUGGCAAUGACCAACCUUGGACACCUGAGUGACCCCUUACCAUCAUUUUCCUGGACACCUCCUGUUGAUGCUCAGAUGCCUUUGACAUUGCAGGUGGAAUCGGUGAUCUACUACUGUCUCCCCUCGGGGGUGUGUUGCAGGCAAGCCUUUGGAUUCAGUGUUCCAGUUUCCAGGAUAGAGGGCGCUCCACCGACUGUGAAGGUUGAACUGUCACAUCAAGUUCUGGAAAAUUCUUGAAGUCUUCAUCUGCAGCAUCCAGUAGCUUCAGAUGCUUAAUCCAAAUACUUUUAACCACUGCCUUAAUCCAGAUGCUUA